AUGAAGUUAAACGUUUCAUACCCGGCAACGGGUUGCCAGAAGUUAUUCGAAGUAGUGGACGAGCACAAGCUCCGUAUCUUCUAUGAGAAGCGUAUGGGCGCUGAGGUGGAAGCUGACCAGUUAGGUGACGAAUGGAAGGGUUACAUACUGCGUGUCGCUGGUGGUAACGACAAACAAGGAUUCCCUAUGAAACAGGGUGUCCUUACAAAUAGCCGUGUACGUUUGUUGAUGUCCAAGGGACAUUCUUGCUACAGACCCCGUCGUGACGGUGAACGGAAAAGAAAAUCAGUGCGUGGUUGCAUUGUUGAUGCAAACUUAUCAGUUUUGGCUCUUGUCAUUGUGCGCAAAGGUGCCCAGGAAAUUCCUGGACUAACAGAUGGAAAUGUACCACGUCGUCUUGGACCUAAGAGAGCAUCCAAAAUCCGCAAGCUAUUUAAUUUAACCAAACAGGAUGACGUCCGCCGUUAUGUUGUAAAACGUCUCUUGCCCGCAAAGGAAGGCAAAGAGAAUGCCAAACCCAGAUACAAGGCCCCCAAGAUCCAAAGGCUAGUAACCCCAGAUGUACUUCAGCGUAGGCGCCACCGCCUGGCACUCAAGAAGAAGCGUUUGGCUAAGCGCAAAGCAGCCGAAGCAGAUUACGCUAAGUUACUUGCUCAGAGAAAGAAGGAAUCUAAGGUUCGUCGCCAGGAGGAGAUCAAACGUAGGCGUUCAGCUUCAAUGCGUGAUUCUAAGAGUUCAAAUCAGAGUGCGCCACAAAAGUGA